AUGCACUCUAGCUUUUUCCUUAAUCAUCGAUCAUCACGUCCCAAGAGGGAUGAUAUAGAGGAGGACGAAAAUAUUUUGGUGGAGCUUUCAACCAAGGACGGAACAAGAAACGUAAUUGUUACAGGUGCACAGCAUGACAUCCGAAAUCAUGAGGAGGAGGAUCUCGGCAAAGAUAUUCACGUGGUUGAUUUUUCUCUGCCCCGAGAAGAAGGCAAUAUUUGUAAUACCCAAACUGAUCAACAUUUCCAAAAUUCAAUGUCACUUGAAGAAAUUACCAAACAACGAGAGUUGCAACAACAACGCUUGGAGGCAAUCGAGCGUGAUUACUUGCUUCUACGAGAGAGAAAUACUCUCACAGUUACUGCAGACACAUCCAGGAACGUUCAUUUGAAGAGCUCACUCUCUUCAUACAGAACGGUAAAGUUUAAUGACAUGAUAGAGAAUCAGGAGGAGCACAAGGAUACGACCAAAGUGGCUACUCAGGAUUUGACUCAAGUAGAACAAAGAGUUCAUGCUAUGAUAAAUGAAGUUAAAUUAGACGAUGACAACUCAAGCGUUAGCUCUGAGGAAGAAACAAAACCAGAUUACCAACACUUCUUCAACAAUCCUGAAAUCAACAAUGAGCAAUUAGACGAAGCAGAAGAAGGGAAAGAAUACAACUGGAAUGAUAUUAGUGACACAUUAACAGUAGUUUCUGAUGUCUCCGACUUUUAUCAGGACCUAAAAAACAGUAAUGAAGACAAAGCUGAAAAGAAAAAAAUCACUGUACCUUUACCCUUUUCAUUUGAAGAAAGAGAAUCUAUGAAACCAAAAGGCAUACAUCGAAGAAAAAUGGAAGAAUACAUCGGAAAGAUAAAAGCUGAAGAGGAGCACCAUUUAAACAAAAGAUUUAAGGCAAACCCAGUACCAAAGACAACCAAACAGGCAUUAUAUGAGUCAAUUAAGAUGAGGACUGAAUACCAAUUAAAACUACAAAAGAAAGCCCUCCAAGAGAUGACUAAAAGAAUAGCCAAACCAUUUUAUUUUGCUGAAAGGGACAAGUUAAGGUUAAAGGAAAUUGAAAAAGAGCGACUGCGAAAGAAGGAAUUCGAAAUUCAAGAACACACAAGGCAAUUUAAGGCGAAUCCAGUGCCAUCUCACACCUUUAAGCUUAUGUUCGCUUCAAAACUAGAGGCCGAAGCAAGAAAAAGAAAAAACAGAGUUAAAGAAAGAUCAGAAUAUCUGCUAAGAACUUCAUCACUACCGCCUCGAAUGGAAAUGUGGGAAAAGGUCGCUAAUAAUCAAGUGAAAAGCAAACCAAAAAAUCCAUUAGAUGACGAGCUCACGUUAGCUCCCAAGAUUAAUCACAACAUACCAGAUUUUGAAGCCAAACAGCGAGAAUUCCAAGAGCGCCUUUAUCUUGCCAAACGAACAAAAAAGCCAACAAGCCCAAAGCCGUUUCGACUCCAUAACUCGAUGAGCGAAAAAGAUUUGAAACGAAUUGCAGGAGAAAUAGGAAUAGAUGAUGAAUUUCUUUCGACAUACUCCACACUUGACCUCUCUAAGCGCGAAAGCCAACCAAAACGCCCUUCAUCUGCAGUACCCAAGUCCUCAAAAAAGCCUAUGGACACAUAUGCCAGCAAGCUGAGGAACGACCAAAUCAAAAAACAAAUUUCUGAGAGAGAAGAACGAAAGAAGCAACUUGAAAAUUUAAGGCAGGCGCAUGUAAAACAGCAAAAACAGAUUUCAAAGCAAGUAAUUCCAAAUGUUGAGCAAGAACCUUUUCGACAUUCAGUGCAAACCAAGAGCUCCAUUGCCAACGAAAAAAAAAGAGAAACACCCCAAUCUUCCUAUCAUACUCAACCCUAUCUCUUUGAAACCAGCUUGAAGAAAAAGGUGAGAGAGAAAGUAUUACAAGAUUUAAAACAAACACUGGAAGAAAAUGGAACAUCUUAUUUGUUGUCGUCAAUAAAGAUUUAA